UUGCUUGUUCACAUAUUUAUUAUUUGUUAUUUUCCGUGCUCUAUACUUCCAACACAAAUACACACAAACACGCACACACAACCUGCUCGCAAUUCGAAAAAUUGAGAUGCGUGCACGAAACAAACAGCAGCAGCACUAGCACCCAGAGCGUAACCGUUUUCGUAUGCAUACAGCUUUAUAUCGCGCCGCACGGCAGCAGCACGAGCAUCAUGAGCAUCAUGAGCAUCCGCAGCAUGGAAACGUGGAGUCGACAGGAACAACAACAGCAGCAGCAGCAGCAGCAGCAGCAGCAGAUCAGCAGGCAGCAGGUCAUUCGCAUUCUGCACGUUGCAUGCAGCAUGAUGGGCACAGCGGCAGCAUGGCAAUGGCUUUUCAUGCAGGCGCUGAGGAGACAAUACUCUUUGAGUUCUGGCGCACAGAAACGGCGCUGGCUAUGACCCUAUCCUGCCUCUUAAUUUUCGUGGUGGCCGUGCUGUACGAGGGACUCAAGUGCUUGCGUCACUGGCUGUCCAAACGGCCCACACAACGCUUGGAGGGCGGUGAAAAUCGUCGGAGCACCGCGGUUGCUCGCACAGUGCGUCCACUUCGAAAGUUAGUAGCCGCAACACCAAUAGCGGCAAUGACUCCAAUGCCAUCGCAGCUCGAUAUGCCCAGCUCCAUAUCACAAUUGCCAGCUGCGCCAGAUCCUAAGGAUACAAAUCCGGCACAGUGCAUGCCCAAGCGACGCGCCUGGCUAUGCAAGAUGCACUUUCUGCAGACCUUCCUGCACAUGCUGCAGGUGACCGUGUCCUUCCUGUUGAUGCUUGUGUUCAUGACCUUUAACGUUUGGCUCUGCCUCGCCGUCAUACUGGGCGCUGGCGCUGGCUAUUUCAUCUUCUUUGUGCUCAGCGAGAGCGUCCAGGAUCACUGCAACUGAAACCGGGCCAAAGGCAAACAACUCCAUUAAUAUAUACGCUUGCUUUGUGCUAAUGUGUUUUUCUAAUUAAACCAAGUUAUA